AUGAAACUCCGAUUUUCAACUUUAGAUAUAAUUGCGAUUCUCCCGGAAAUUCGCAAUAAGCUGCUUGGCACUCGAGUCAACCAAAUCUAUGACGUCGACACCAAAACGUUUAUUUUUCGUUUUGCCAAAACCGGGAAUGAGACAUCGGAUGAGGAAAGCCUGAAGCAGAUGUUGAUCAUUGAGUCAGGCAAUCGACUGCAUCUGACGGAGUUCAACUGGCCGAAGAAUGACAAUCCGUCAGGUUUUACGAUGAAACUGCGAAAACACCUUCGCAAUAAGCGUCUGGAAAGCAUCAACCAGAUCGGCGUUGAUCGAGUCAUUGAUAUGCAGUUCGGCAUAAACGAAUUUACCUGCCAUGUGAUUGUGGAAUUUUACAGCAAAGGAAACAUUAUUCUUACGGAUAAAGAUUACAACAUCCUCAGUCUGGUUCGCGUCUACAUGGACAACAAAACCAACAUCAACAUUGCUGUUCGUGAAAAGUAUCCUAUCAACAAGCAAGUGUACAUUGCCGGCCAGGACAUCAUCUCUCGUCAGAAAAUUGAGCAAAUUAUUGCCGAUGCAAAAGACACAAAUUUUAAGAAGCUUUUCAAUCCCAUCUUCCCCUAUGGAACUUCUUUGCUUGAACAUUGCUUGCUGCAUUUCAAAGACACCAAUGUUAACAAGUUCAAAGUUACCAAAGAAGACAUUGAGCUACUCGAGAAAGUAUUUGCUUACGCUGAAAGCCAAGUGGACUUCUUUCGUAAUAACUGCACAAAAGGAUACAUUAUUACAAAAAUCGAGAAGCGUCCCAACUCCGAGGAGCAAUUGACCACCUACGACGAUUUUCAGCCAUAUCUAUUUACUCAGUACAUCAAUGAAAAGGCUUCGUUUGAGGAAUAUGAAAGUUUUAACCAGGCUGUGGAUUUGUUUUACUCCAAAAUUGAAGGACAAAAGAUUGAGUCAAAAGUCGUUCAACAGGAAAAACAUGCUAUGAAAAAGCUCGACGCUAUUAAAAGAGAUCAUGAAGCUCGUUUGGAGAACCUGUCCAAAAUGCAAGAAGUGGACAACGAGAAGGCGCAGCUAAUUGAAAGCAAUAUCGAGCUUGUGGAUGGAGCCAUAUCGGUUCUGCGAAGUGCUAUAGCCAACAAAUACUCCUGGGAGAUGAUUUCUGAAAUUGUUCGAGAUGCACAGGACAACGGUGAUUUGAUUGCCUCGAAGAUUAAGGAUCUCAAACUUGACAAAAACAGCUUUGUGAUGAGCCUUGACGACCCAUAUGAAACUGAAACGAAGGGAAACUCAAAGCUGAUAGAAAUUGACAUUGGUCUUUCCGCAUACGCCAAUGCUCGUCGGUUCUACGAACACCGAAAAGAUGCCGCAAAGAAGGAGCAAAAGACAAUCGACCACACCGAAAAGGCGUUCAAAAAUGUGGAACGCAAAGUGAAACAACAGCUGAAGGAAACGACCAUAAAGACAAACAUUGUUUUGGCACGGAAGGUGCUUUGGUUUGAAAAGUUCUUCUGGUUCAUCAGCUCCGAAGGCUACCUAGUGAUCGCCGGACGAGACGCCCAGCAGAAUGAGGUGAUUGUGAAGAGGCACCUAGACAAGGAUGACAUUUACGUGCACGCAGACAUCCACGGUGCCUCCUCGGUGGUGAUCAAGAACCACACUGACGCGGAGAUACCCCCAAAGACGCUGAAUGAGGCAGCAAACCUGGCCAUCUGCUUCAGCGCCUCUUGGGAAGCGAAAGUCGUCUCUGCCGCCUACUGGGUCUAUUCGCAUCAGGUGCAGAAAACGGCUCCCAGCGGUCAGUACUUGUCAGUGGGCUCAUUUAUGAUUCGUGGCAAGAAGAACUUUAUUCCAUUGCAAAAUUUGAUUCUUGGUUUUGGGAUUCUCUUUCGAAUUGACGAGGAGAGCAUUGACAGGCGUCAGAAGGUGAUCAAAGAGGAAGCGGUGAAAGAGGAGAACUGGAAUCGAUCGCCUGUAGCGAGUAAUGAAGAGGACGACGAUGGAGCAUUUCCCGAUACUGCGAUUCCCCUCACACGUGAUUCCGUCAGUGAAGAUAAUACAACUUCAAAAGCUGAAAGCGACUACACCAUUGUGACUACUGGUGUAGCGGUGAAAAAGGUUAAAGUAUUUGAUCAGAAGACGGUGAAAAAAUCGGAGAAACAGGCGAAACAGAACAAACGAGCUGAGAAGAAGAAAGCCAAAAAAGGCGGUGCAGUCAAGGAGGAGGAAGUCGUGGAAAAACCGGCAGAAAAACCAGCAGAAAAACCUGAACCAGUGGAAGUGAUGGAGCCAGUAGCAGCCCAACAGGAGAAAGAAAGUGAAGCUACUGAAGCUUCGGUUCCGGAAGGCGGCGAGCAGGAAGUGCUCGAAGAACAAGAGGAAGACGAUGAGGAGAAUGAAGGUGCAGUGGCCGACCCAAAGCAGCGUGAACUGGACGCCAGGAAAAUCCUCAACUCUUUGGUGCACAGUCCCAACCCUGAAGACCAGCUUCUGUAUGCUAUUCCCGUUUGUGGCUCCUAUUCGGCGAUGAAUGCCUACAAGUACAAAGUGAAAAUCAUUCCCGGUAACACCCGACGCGGUCCCGCUUCAAAGACUGCACUGUCGAUCUUUCUCAAGGAAAAGCUGGCCACUGAGCGAGAGCGGGACUUGUUGAAGGCGCUGAAGGACACGGAAAUGGGCCGAAAUAUGCCUGGCAAAGUGAAGAUUCUCACUAGUAAUUUGAAUAAGUAG